CGGGAUCAACUGACGCGAGCGAGAGAUCGAGGAUCUCUGUUGAUUUAGGGCGUGCAGCGUCGCACCACGUGCGCCUAGUAUACUGUGUGUAGACGAACGUAAAGCUCCCCUGAUUCAAACUCCAGCACGCGCCACGAUUACGCGAUUACGCGUGUCAUCUCUUCUACGUGGGGUUCUCUGAUGUGAUGCUCUGCCUCUGCUUAUGCUUCUCCUUGCUAGUGCUAGUGCUAGUGCUCGUGAUAUUACUGCUGUACUACGAGAAUGUCACGGAGAAGCAGGAUAGACGUUUACACGGGUUGACAGUGUAAAAGAGAAUGACGGAGAAUGAGAAUGAAAAAGCGAGACAGAAAUCUUGAAUAAUUGUUAUGGCUCCAAGGACUCACAAAAGAAAUCCGUAUCCAGUGCCAGAUAUUUCCAGUGAGGGUUUUUGGGUUGCACGGGGUCCAGCUUUAGGAAAAAAUGUAUCAGCAAAUGACAGAACGUGGUCAACUAAAGUAGACGUUGCUGAGCGGCUAUUUUCUCAUCACACACUUAAUAGUAUUCGACGCGACCAACGUAUUAUCAGGCCAAAUGAACCAAAUGAUGCAUUAGAUUUUGCAUUAUCGUCAAUAUACAUUCACGAUGAAGAUUUUAUGGUACCAAAAAUGUAUGUUUUCAUGCAACCUGAAACAUUGAAUUUGAAAUCAUGGCGUCAGUUACGCAAUGAACUUGAGCCGCCCUCAAAACAACCAACGACAACAAAAACAUUCAAGUCAAAAAUAUUGCCCAAGUCAAUGGGAACAAAUGUAGCAACGGCUACAGCAAUGCCUGUAUCAAAAAUAACUGUAAAUACACGAGACACUGGACGUGUACAGAGGAAAAUAAAUUCACCAGCAGUCUCGCCGAGCGACAAGUACCGUUCGGCGCUGAGUGGUAAAAAAUCCCGAGCAGCAACUGCCGAUAAAAAAUCCAUAGCUGUUAAAUCCAAAGAAUAUUCACAAUCGUCAGAUGAUAUUCUCGAUAAAAACCAGAGACGUUUAACUUACGCCGCACAAAUGCGAGCAAUCGAGAGGAUCCAUCCGAGCAGUCUCAAGUUGGCGAUCGAGGGUCCUCACACGGAUUUAACAAAUCCUGGCUACAGUCGUAAAGCUGAUGGAACAUUUUACAGCAUAUAAAAAUAUACUUUAAAUUAUUAAUGUCUAGCCAUGUAAUCUCUUUUUUUAUUUAUAAUCUUUAUUAUUUUUUAUAAUGUACUACUUUAAUAAAAGUUGUUUUUAUUUGAUGUGUUUUUUUGUUGAUUUGUUUAAAGAAUAUUCGAAAUGAUCAUUCAAAUAUUGAUGAAUAGUACUCGAUAUUUAAUAUUUAAUGAUGUAGAUUUUAAUACCCUGGAGUAAUCUGUCAGUAAUCCGAUGUGAACAAUUGAAUUAUCUAUAGAAGGUAGUAGAUGCACGAGUGAGUGUUGACAUCAAAAGAUACGUUAUUGCGUUGUAAUAACAUGUAUUAUAUAGUAUACUGUUAUCUAUUUAUGUUGACGAAUUAGCUUGGGAAGAUUGUAUCAAAUGCCAUCGGGGGAUUCCCAUCAGGGGAGUAGGCUCUAUGUCAAACUGUCAGUGCAAGUGUGGUAUCUAGAAAUUAUAUAUUUAAUGUAUCUAAAUGUAUGAAUCAUUGCCAA